AUGUCGAACGACAAGCCACAAGCAACCAUCAAGGUUGCGAUUAUAGGCGGCGGCCCUGCAGGUCUUGGAGCCGCCAUCGCUCUAUCACGGCUCCCCUUUGUUGACUGGAAGCUAUAUGAGAAAAAGCCCGAAAUCAGCGAGAUUGGCAACGGCCUCACCUUACAACCAAUCACAUGGCGCAUGCUUGAGCAUUUUGGAGCGUCCCAUCAUAUCAAGAGCGACGAUAUCUUCAGGCCCAUUGACGGCCAUAACACCGAGCAUCGUAACGGUCUGUCUGGAGUGUUGGAAGCCAAAGCCGCUCCAAAAGAAGGCGUGCCACCGCACCAAGAAUCCUGUAGGGCUCACAGGUCGGUUUUGCAGCAAGCAUUGUUGAAGGAGGUCGACCAGAGCCGCAUAAGAGUUGGGAAGAAACUAGAGAACGUCGAGAAGCUAAGUUCGGGCAAAUUGCGCAUCACGUUCGCUGGGGGAUUCUCCGAUGAGGUCGAUCUCCUUGUUGGUGCUGAUGGUAUCCGCUCAGCUGUGCGUCAAUUUUUCUUUCCAGAACAUCGUAUCGCCUAUACUGGCUCGACAGCAUAUAGAACGCUGGUGAGGACAAAUGAGGCCGAGAAAAUCAACGGCCUGCCCAAGGCCGUCAUUUUCUGGCAUGGAACUGACAAGAAAUGGGUUUACACUUGUCCCCUUGGUGGCAACGACUGGGAAGUCACUUGCGCCGUUGCAGAACCCGGCGGGGAGAACCGCUCGAGCUGGGGAAAACAAGCCAGUGUGAAGCAUUUCACCGAUACCUUCUCAGAGAUGUGUCAGCCAAUUCAAGAGCUCUUCAAGCUGGUCACAUAUGUGGAGCAGUACGACUACUUCGCAGGUCCGAGACUAGAUUCAGUGACCCAUGAUGGUGUUGCAGUCCUCAUUGGCGAUGCUUCACACCCUCUAUCGGGAGCGUUUGGGGCCGGUGCCGGUUUCGCGCUCGAAGAUGCAUAUGUCCUCGGCCAGGCAUUGCAGUGGGCCAACGAUACUCAUAGAGAGCUUAAACAUGCUUUGCAAGUCUUUGACCAGGUUCGAUCUCCUCAUUACAGCGCCCUAUACAAAGUCCUAGACGAGUUUGGCGAGACGGAAAAGUAUCUGGCACAGGCUGGACUGAACCAGGAGCAGGAGAUCGCUGAAAGAAUCAAGAGAAACUGGGGCCAUAACGCCAAUUGGAUGCAUUACUACGAAGCAGCAUUUAGACAGGUUCUGUCAAAGGUCGAGCGUCAAACUGCAAAGUUGUAG